UUGUAGCCCGUCAGAAAACCAAAGAAGAAGCAGAAGAAGAAGAACAUCAUGAAGAACAUGGCUACUGUGGAGGAUUGAUAGAGUGAUGUAAUUAUUUAGUGUUGCACAAUAGGUUUGCCAUAUAUUCGACAUGGACAACACGUAUCACCAAGCGUCAAAUAAACAGCAGCCUUCUGUCUAUACUGGCGGCUAUCUGGAGACACCAUUUGCCGCCAAGCGAACACCGCCAAGCACGGAUCAUCAACCGACACAGCCGGACAACACUGCUCCACACUGGACCCCUUCACAGGGAUACGACGGUCCCCCGUACGGAUUCAGGUGCGAUUUCUCCGCACCGUCUACAGGAGGACGAGGUUUCGGAGGACCUCGCUUAUGCCUUCCGUAUGGAUUUGACCCAUCCGUCCCCCCGCCUCCUUUCGGCUGUGUUCCACCCAGACACUUCCCUAGCAUGAUUCCCACCGCUCCGGUAAACACAUACUGCAAUGGUGGGGCCUCAGCGUUUCAUCGUACACAACAAUUUAGGCCCGGUCCUCAGCCUAACGUUACCCAAUAUGACCCGGACUCUAGUCAGAAACACCAACAGCAUGAAUAUCAGGAUUUCUCUGAGAGUGGUGCUCCGUUCGGCUGCACAGUGUUUUCCCCGCGGGGUAAUGACAACCAGAGUCCGGGAACAACAACACGAACUGAAGAUGCAACAGGCCUUCAAAGAAAGCACGAUCAACAGUGGCUUAGACUUUUCUUACAAAGCAGAGGCAAAACCUCCAAGAUCCCACAGACCCAGCAGAGCCGUGUUCCUGACCUGAGAGGGGCUCUGUACAGGGCAGCUCAACUCAUCUCUCAGCUGGCAGGGUCCUGUGAAACUCUGAAGAAAAACGUGGAAAAUGAGUGUGCUUGGAUGGACUCAUAUGUAAUGGCUUUAAACGUGAAGAAAGAGAUACAAGACAAACUCAAAGUUCUUAGUGACGGUCCGUGUUUAGAUACCUGGAAAGCUAAAUUGUCUCGUGUUGCUAAGAGGAGGGCCCUGCGACUGAGAGCCAGAAAACUGCAGCAGAUGGAGAUAAAACAUAGAGAGGACCUGCUCUCUGAGAAAGAGGCUGCCAUAGAUAAAUGGAGAAUGCAACAGAUACACAAAGUAGAGGAGAAGAAGAAGGAACAAGAGCUGAAGAUGGCUGCAGAUGCUGUUCUCUGUGAAGUGAGGAAGAAGCAGGCAGACGUAAAGAGGAUGCAGGAUGUUCUGAGAUCUCUGGAGAAACUGCGCAGACUGAGGAAAGAGGCAGCACUGAGGAAAG